AUGUCAUCGAUCACUGUAUAUCGUGGAACCCCAAGCGGGAGAGUGCAGCAAGCUACAGUCCCAAGGCCUGGUCCUCCAAAAGCACAUCAAGUCACGGUUCGUAUCACUCAUUCUGGCCUUUGUGGUACCGACGAGCACUACAAGUGCCAGGACAUGGUUCUCGGUCAUGAGGGAGUUGGCAUCGUCGAUGGAGAUAGAGUUGGCUGGGGCUAUUGUCAUGGAAGCUGUCUCAACUGCGAGUAUUGCGAUCAAGGCCAAGAGCUGUACUGCGAACAGCGACAGUUCUACAGCUUCGACGAGUUCGAUCAGGGCUCGUUCGCGACUUAUGCAACUUGGAAUGAGCACUUUGUCUUCCGUAUUCCGGAUAGCAUCCCAUCUGCGGAGGCAGCUCCUUUGAUGUGCGCUGGGGCAGCCGUGUAUUCCGCUCUUCGCAGCGCACAAGUCCAGUGGUAUCACCGAGUGGGUGUUCUUGGCCUCGGGGGUCUAGGACACCUCGCUGUUCAGUAUGCUGCCAAGAUGGGCUGCCAUGUCACAGUCUAUUCCCACUCAUCUGGCAAAGAAAAAGCAGCCCGAAAGCUGGGAGCGUCGGAUUUCCAAGUGAUGGGAGAGAGUUCCCCUCCUAGUCGAGCUGUUGAUUGCCUGCUCUUGACUGGUGCUCAACAGCCGGACUGGUCCCAAGCCCUGUCGCUGGUUCGACGGGGCGGUGUGAUAAGUGCAGUUACUGUGGUCUCAUCUGAGCUGCGAUGCCCAUAUGGGGAGAUUCUGAUGAACGCGAUCCGGAUACAGGGAAGCCUACCUGCCGCCCCGAAUCUCCAACGGGAGAUGCUUAGCUUCUCGGCGCUCCAUGGAAUAAAACCAGUUAUCGAGACCUUUCCGUUCACUGAGAAGGGAAUUAAUGAGGCGAUGGAGAAGCUUCGCCAGGGUAAGAUGCGAUAUAGGGGCGUUCUUGCAAUGGAGGGUUAG